AAAUCCCACGUCUGUGAUCAAUCAAGUGUCUCAGGACCUCAUAUAUUGUGUCGUAUACAAUAGAACUGAAAGACAUUCUGUACAGUGUCGAGAAUCCGUCUGUAUUUACUGUCACAGAAAAUAUUCUCUCAUGAAGUCAACUAGGCCAAUACAUUAUAAGUAUUAAGAAGAUAUAAGCCUAUAGAUAAAGCAACAUGAGUACCAGUAACGUUCGAACUGAGUCCCGGACUUACAGAAUCGAAACCCAGCAAAGAUUUACGUCUGGCCAACGCACAACUAACGCGAGCGACUACGGUACUAAGUCGGUUACAAGUAGCCAGUUUAACGGCUCUCCUGCGAAAAAUGUACCUAGCAUUCGCGUUACCAGCGAAACGAAAUCGCACGAAUUCAGACCCGUAUCACCUUUAUAUGAUCAGUACAAAUCCAGAUCACUAAAUGACAACGAGAUGGAUCGGCCAACAGCGAUGAUAAAGAGCUCCGACAUGACGGAAGAGAUGCAGGAAUCAGCCGUCGAGGUAGCAAUUGAGGCGUUUGAACGGUGCAAGAUAGAGAAGGACAUCGCUGCAGCCAUUAAACGAGGCUUCGACGAGAAACAUGGACCUGCGUGGCAUUGCAUCGUCGGCAAGAGCUUCGGAAGUUACGUAACUCAUGAGACAGAUUAUUCUAUCUACAUGUAUAUCGGGCAGAUGGCUGUUCUGCUGUUCAAACAAGGAUAGCUAAUUCGUCCAGCAAAUAAAUUCAAUUAUAAUAAAUAACUUCUUUCGUAUAUUUAUUUUUUUGUAAAUCUCGGAGCACCUAUUUUGAAAGAUAUGUCCAAGGUAGGCCUACCUUCAGUAUAGGUUUAUUUCUUGAUUUCUUUUGCCAAAAGUUAGCAAUAUGUUGGCCUUAUCUUAUUAAUAGGAAUUCAGCUGUGUUUGAACUUCUCUCUUACUAAAACCUCUAUCACCAGUCUCUGAAGGCUUUCGGUGGCAAUGUUUCAUUAAGAGCAGUGAUUCCUGAGAAAUCAUUAUGGUUAGCUUACAAGUACGGGGUAAGCUUACAAGUACGAAAGUAGUUCGGCUUGAAACGUUGAAGCAUGAAGCUUACAGUAACCACAGACCCUAGGGUCUAUGCAAUAUAACUAACCAUCAUAGGAAAAAGUAUCACUAUCACUCCCGGCAUUUACAUAACGCCUUUCUUUUCAGAGGAUUAAGCUGGUGUCAUUUCGGCCGACGUACGCCAAAAACAGGCCUCCAUCUGUACGUAGCUAAUUAAUUUGGCCAUCACAAACCGAAAAACUAGUAAAUUCAAAACUUGUGAUUCAUAGGGGCUUGUAGCCCGGGACCUAAAUUUCCUACCCACGGCCGAAUUUAGGGGCGGAUUUAGGGCCCGGCCCCCCCUUUUUGGAACAAAAAAAAAAGAAAAAAAGAAAGAAAAAGAAAAAAAUGAUAGCCCACAACGCCUCAAAUGUUAUUUUCGGGCGUCUAGAACACAAAAAGUUCGCGGACCCCCUAGGUCAUUGUUGUCUCGAUCGGCCCAAAUUUCGGCCCCCCUCCCCCUUUUGGACAUCUCUGGAUCUGCCCCUGGUUCAAUUUACAGGGAUUUCUACUAAGGGGAAAUACUUAUUGACGAUGUGAUCAAGAACCGAAUACACUGAAAACGAAGUCCUUGACUUUGACACACUAUCACACUUUUGUCUGAUUACUGGUCUCAUGAAGAACAAAAAUCUUAAGAGUUUGCCUUGUUUUAGGCCUAUUGUAGAUAUAAUUUAUUUCAAAUAAAUGGAAUUUUGUAUUGACUAUUAACAUAUCGAACAACUCGGUCUUCCGAUGCAUGGAGACAUCAACUUCGAUAUUUUGAAGAAACUGUAACAUACUGUACUGAAGUUAAUAAAAUGUUUCCAAUAGACUGUAUCAUUUUAAAUAUUUUUGUCAUUCUUAUGCCGUUUGGUCGAAGAUAAUUAAAAAGUAAGAA